UGAGCCGUCCCAAGUCCUCCUCUCGCGCUCCCUCUGGUCGACGGCGGGCGAGCGGGCGCCGCGCUGCUGAGGCCAUGCCACUGAAACAUUAUCUCCUUUUGCUGGUGGGCUGCCAAGCCUGGGCUGUGGGCCUCGCCUACUAUGGCUGCCCGAGCGAGUGUACCUGCUCCAGGGCCUCCCAGGUGGAGUGCACAGGGGCGCGCAUCGUGGCGGUGCCCACCCCUCUGCCCUGGAACGCCAUGAGCCUGCAGAUCCUCAACACACACAUCACCGAACUCAGCGAGGCGCCGUUCCUCAACAUCUCGGCCCUGAUCGCCCUGAGGAUUGAGAAGAAUGAGCUGUCCCACAUCAUGCCUGGGGCCUUCCGCAACCUGGGCUCGCUGCGCUACCUCAGCCUCGCCAACAACAAGCUUCAGGUUCUGCCCAUUGGCCUCUUCCAGGGCCUGGACAACCUCGAGUCGCUCCUUCUGUCCAGCAACCAGCUGGUGCAGAUCCAGCCAGCCCACUUCUCCCAGUUCAGCAACCUCAAGGAACUGCAGCUCCAUGGCAACCACCUGGAAUACAUCCCCGAUGGGGUCUUCGACCACUUGGUGGGCCUCACCAAGCUCAACCUGGGCAAGAAUAGCCUCACUCACCUCUCGCCCAGGGUCUUCCAACACCUGGGCAACCUCCAGGUCCUCCGGCUGUAUGAGAACAGGCUCUCGGACAUCCCCAUGGGCACUUUUGAUGCACUUGGCAACCUCCAGGAGCUGGCCCUGCAGCAGAACCAGAUCAGUGUGCUGUCCCCUGGCCUCUUCCACAGCAACCGGAACCUCCAGAAGCUCUACCUGUCCAACAACCACAUCUCCCAGCUGCCCCCUGGCAUCUUCAUGCAGCUUCCCCAGCUCAACCGGCUCACGCUCUUUGGGAAUUCCCUGAAGGAGCUCUCACCGGGCAUCUUUGGACCCAUGCACAACCUGCGUGAGCUGUGGCUCUACGACAACCACAUCACUUCCCUCCCUGACAACGUCUUCAGCAGCCUCCACCAGUUGCAGGUCCUGAUCCUCAGCCGCAACCAGAUCAGCUACAUCUCACCGGAUGCCUUCAAUGGGCUGGUGGAGCUGCGGGAGCUGUCCCUCCACACCAAUGCGCUGCAGGAGCUGGACGGGAGCGUCUUCCGCAUGCUGGCCAACCUUCAGAACAUCUCCCUACAGAACAACCGCCUCAGGCAGCUCCCAGGGAAUAUCUUCGCCAACGUCAAUGGCCUCAUGACCAUCCAACUGCAGAACAACCAGCUGGAGAACCUUCCCUUGGGCAUCUUUGAUCACCUGGGGAAGCUGUGUGAGCUGCGGCUCUAUGACAACCCCUGGAGGUGUGACUCAGACAUCCUUCCGCUCCGCGAUUGGCUCCUGCUUAACAAGGUCAGGUUGGGGACAGACACACUCCCGGUAUGUUUCAGCCCAGCCAGUGUCCGAGGCCAGUCCCUCAUCAUCAUCAAUGUCAAUGUUGCUGUCCCCAGUGUUCAUGGCCCAGUGGUCCCCCAUGUGCCCAGCUACCCAGAGACACCCAGGUACCCGGACACCCCUAGCUACCCUGACACUACCUCCAUCUCCUCCAGCACUGACUUCACCAGCAUCACGGAGGACUACACCGAUCUCACCACCAUUGUGGCCACUGAUGACCGUGGCACAGGGGGCAUGACCCAGGCCCAGAGAGGGCUGGCCAUUGCCGCCAUUGUCAUUGGCAUCAUUGCCCUGGCCUGCUCCCUGGCCGCCUGCAUCUGCUGUUGUUGCUGCAAGAAGAGGAACCACGCAGUCCUGAUGCAGAUGAAAGCACCCAAUGAGUGUUAGAGAGGCAGGCUGGAGGCAGGGCUGGGGAAUGGUGGGACCACCAGAGGAUCCGGGAUUUCAUCAUUCUGCCUCCAUCCCUGGGCCUCCAGAGCCAUCCCCUUGCUCCCUUGCUCUGGUCCCCUAGAGAAAGGUGCCUCCACCUUGUCCUGGCCUGCCUGGUUCUCCUGUAGAAGCCUUCUUACCACCAGGGAGGUCUAACAUGUCCAAAACCCUGUGGGGUUCCCAACUCACAUCCUUGGGUUUCUUUCAAGAAAGCCUCUCUUCUAAAGCCUCACCAGCUCUCCUCCAAGAACAACCUCUCCUGUGCCCGUGGCCCCACUGGCCUUUAUACACACAAUUAUUACACGCUUGCCCACUUUGUGGGAAAAGUUCUCCACUGGGACAGCCUCUAUCCCAAGUAUUAUGUAAGCUGAUUUCCCUUCUUUGCUCCUCAUCUUUGUGGCAUGGCUCUCCACUGUCCCCUCAAAUGAAAGAUCUCCCUUCAUUUCCUGCUCCUGAAGGCAAGGUGACUUCUCUCUUCAAAGAAGGCUUCAGACCAUUCAGCUGAUUUCUUAAGAACUGCCAAAUGCCCUGGCUUUCAGGAUGCUAUGAAAGAGAGAAAAGAAAAAUGAGGCUUUUCAUUUCUUAGAGACAGAGCCAUCAUCAGUGUCUCUCUUGUGAUUUUUAUCUGAAAAAGGAAGAAAGGCACCUGUGCAAUAAUUCCAGCCUCUUGGAGAAAGGUAUUGCUUAGCUGCCAGCUUUGCUUUGAAAGUGUUAGUCCUUUAAGGAAUAAAAUCAUGUCGAAUUUCUGACCCCCUAAAAACAUGAAAAUCAGCUUAUUGGUACUGGAUGGGGAAGGCAACCUGGUACCUGGAGGUCCUUGUGUUCACCCCUAGGGUUUUUCCCUUUCAACUUUUUAUGGAAGUGCAACAUACAUAACAGAAAAGUGGGAGCGUGAUAGUGUGUAGUUUGAUGGGUUUUCACAAACUACACAGCCAUGUAAUCAGCACCAGAUCAAGAAACGAGGCAUCACCAGGAUUCUCCAUCCUGGCCUUUCACUGGAGAAGACUGGGGCUUGUGGAGGUGGCAUGGACUUACCUGGGAUCUGGCUCCCGACCUGGGAUGGGCUCCUCACUGCCCAACCCCCACCCCCGCCAGCCCUUGCAAAGGCCCAGCUGCCAGGGGUGGAGGAGGAGACAUAGGUAUACUCUGACCUGGGCAUGAGAUUGUAUUAAAUCCCAGACCUUGAGGCACCGAGACUGGCCAGGUCAGAAGCAUCUCAACUAGAGGAGCCCAUGCAACCACACACCCUCCCCUGCCAACAAGCUGUGUGUUUCUCUUUGGAGGCACCUCUGCCUGUGCCUUUUAUGGACAUCAUAUGCCUAUAUCUGUUUUUAAUUUUCACUCUCCACUUGGGGGACGUGAAAUAGCUCAGAGAUGAGAUCCUUUAAUUGGACGGCCAAGUGUAAUGGAAUCCAGCAAUCCCUCUAAUGUCGUGGUAAAAUUCUCCAUCUAUGUUACAGUCAGCUAGAAACUGAACUUCAGCAUUCUCAAACACAGCAGGCAACAUCAGCGUACACAGACAGGUUACAGUGGGUCAAGGCCCUCUCUGGAGCUUCUCCCUGCCUGUGGUGUGGUUACAAGGGUUGAGCUGUUUGGUCCAGAGUUACUGUCACAUGAACAUCUGCCCUCGCCACCCUUCCCGCUACACACAUAUUCACAUUAACAAAGACAGUACAGUCAUGGCAAUGCAGGUCUUCUUCUGGACAACUGGUCUACCAGCUUAGAGGUUAAAAAAAGUGAAUUGGGGAGUUUCAGGUGUCUGUUUCUGCCCAGGAAAGAGCUGCAGCCAACACUGUAAGGAUUUGGAAAUUCACCAUCAAUCCUGACUGGCCCUUGCUAGUUCCCUCUGCCCCAUGAGACAAAUAAGGAAUCCUCUGGGGCCUUAGUAGCACGAUGCUGACAGGGUCCCAGUAAAAAGAGUCCAGGAAUGGAUGUGUGUAAGAACUAGUGCACUUUGUAACUUUUCACUCCCUGUCCCAGGGACUCGGGAAGAGAUGGGGCCUAUCAGAGGCAAAAGACAGCAUAUCCCAAAGGUAAAUCUGGAUCUCUAAAAUGUAUUCAAAAUAUUUACAGCAAGUGGUGGACAUGUACCAAGGCUUUCCAGGGUCCAAAAGGAAGUGAGCCCAGAGCUUGGAGCAUGGGCAUCGUUCCACUGAUGGUGACCUGCUUUAUUGAGCCUGAGGCCCAACAGGGAAGCCUGGCUUCUCUUCUGCAGACAGGAAGCAUGGUUUGCCACUGCGUUCCUCAAGGUGCCCCUUGUGAGUAGGCUCCAGUGUCUCAUUGUGCAAGUGUACAUGUGGGCCGGAGAUGGCAGAGAGGUUUAGGAAGGCAUCCCGUUCAUCCAGUGUGCCCUGCCAAUCUGAACCCAGACCUCUAGGUUUUGAUGGCAUUGGCCAUGACCUGGGGCUAUUUUCGUCUCUGGAUAUUAACUUGUGUCUCCAGGCCAAAGGCUGGUCUGAGGACAGCUGUCCUCAGAUGACUCCCCCCAGGAGGACCUAGGUAGGGGUUGUGGACCCUUUACCUGACUUUCUGAGCUUGCCUGAUCCUUUCUCCCAUUGGAGUGUACUGGAGGGAGCCACCAGACCUCCUCUUCCCUGGCAGGCCUUUUGGUCUCUCUGAACCACGUCGCCUGCUCAGGGAGCUGCCAGAAAAUGUGGAUGGAGUUUCCUUUCCAACAGACAGUGCAUUUGCUCACUUCUUAGGGCUAGAGUGAGCUGCUUGGUCCCCCAAAAGUUGAGUUCACUUUCCCCUUUGCUCACUGGCUUCUAGUUCACCUUGCCAGUAUCAGCAGCCUCCAUUUGGAGUGGAGGGUUGGUGUUUGAGCAAAGACAAUGAAAGCCAGUGAGAACCACUGUUUUUCAAAAAUGUUGCUGUGCAUAGCACUUAACAGUCUUUUUUACCCUCACAACACCGCUGUGCAUGAGCAGUGCCAUUUUCCCCUCGUGAGGUCUAAAACCUCCUGUUUUUCCACAACGAUUCAACAGGCUCUGGGUUUUCUUCUCUCUUUAAACUUUGUACAAGACCCCAUGGCCUGUCCUGGGCUUUUGUCUUUAAACCAAAAGAAAAUGGAAGUCACUGCCCUAUUUCUCCCCCUAGUCUUGGCCAUUGGAACCUCACUUGGUACUGUGUGGAUUAAAAGCUUUAUAAAUUACAAGAGAAAAAUUAAACUCAUCCAUCCAUUAAAGAAAAACUGGCUUCUCUCAAGGGAACUCUUGGGCUGUGUAUAUAUUAUUCCUCCUUGUUAGAAUUUAAAGGCACAACAUAGUUCUCAGAACUCUUCACGGGCAACAGACAAGCAUUACACUCUUUCAGAUUUAGGCAGAGCAGUUUCAGGAAUCAUUUCCAAAUUCAGGAAGCUUACGGAAAGCAGGCAGCUAGAGAAACUAGAUAAUAGAGUUGGUAAACAGACAUUGGAUGUUGCCCAGCCUUUAGCUAGAAAUCACUCAAAGGAUUCAGCCCACAGACCCCACAAGCAGAACUGAAUCUGGGUUGCAGGGGAGGCAGUGAUGGCCUUGGGGAGGAGGCUGUCGCUGCAGGACAGAGAGGGUGGGCGGGUACUCCUCCUGGCCAAACUCCCCUGAGUCCAAGCUUUCUCCUUCCCCUAAGGAGAGAUUGCUCUCACCAGCCAUUGCCUUCAUGCUGCCUUCAAACUUAGGUCAUGUUUGCCUUGCUUAGAGAAUCAUUGCGAAAGUCCCAGGUGCUUGGAAAUGCGUUUAGAGAUUUCUAGACCCCCGGGGUUUUAUAGAGUGUAAGCCCUGGUGGGCAGGGCUCGGGGUCUGUCUUUGCUGGAUGCUAUUUGUAACAAAUUUGGUGUACAAAAUCAACAAUAAAUGGUAUACACAGGC